AUGGCUUCAGCAGAACCACACAUCACGCACCAGCUCAUAGACUGGACUAUCAACCCUUCUCUCGCUGUCGACCCAUGGACGAGAUACCUUGUUAAUGACUAUCCAUGGCAGAGCACGGCUAUUGGUCCCAUCGUCUUUUGGCCGUCACUACUGCGCUCCCAUGCUGUAUCCAUCAUGUCAAAUCCCCAGCCUCGAUGCAUUUUCUGGGGAAGUGACUUCAAGAUGAUCUAUAAUGGAGCAUGGGUCCGUCGCUUAGGAGAGAUGCAUGGGACAGCCCUGGGAAAUCCAGUCGCACAGGGAGGUCAGGGGCUACAUGACUACCACUACCAGCAGAUCAGACACACAAUGAAACAUGGCAUGGCCGCGACCGUUCGCGACGUCGAACUUCUUUUGCCAGUCGCUGAUGGCCGUAUGGAAGAGACGUAUCAUAACUCUGUCUUUACGCCCAUCACCCAAGAUGACGGCUACUGUGCUGGAUUCAUGUUUGAGUACGAAGACACUACACCUACCGUUUACAAGACAAAUAGAGAUAAUGUCAUCGCCAACAUCACUCAGCGUGUUUCCAGGGCCGAAAGCCUUGAUGCACUCUGGUCCAUUUUCGUAGACGCGCUACACACGAAAUCAGACGAUGUAAGCUACGCCAUGCUCUAUACCGUCGAUCGUCAAGCACCUAUCACAGGCCCUUCAGAUGAUCAUCUCGCAUCUCGUGUCUACAGUCUUCAUACAGCUCGCGGUAUUGACACGUCUCGCUUUGGACCCACCGCGUCGACAGACCUGGAGUCGGUCUUCUCUUCCCUCGAAGACAACAUUAUAUUGCUUGAAUCGCGAGGCUCAACGCUACCGUCUGGACUAUCCGUCGACACACCACGUGGCCUCGUCUUUUCAGCAUAUGUGAUACCUGUAACCAGUAAUCUCGGCGCUCAUCUUGCACAUGUCGUCAUCGGUAUGAAUCCAAGGAGGCCCAUUGACGAGAAUCGCACAUUUGUCACCUCUCUUCAAGACCUGUUCGUGCGCUCUGUUGCGGUUGUCUGUCUCCCCGAAGAGCGACGCAUGGUGGAAGAUGCCAACUUUGCUCUUCUUGAUCAGCUCCGCCUCACCAGAGUCAAAGCGGAGAAAAAUGCCGAGACCUUCGAGCGCAUGGGUCGAAAUGCACCGGCUGGCAUGUUCAUAUAUGACGGAGAAGGCAAUGCAACCUACGCUAACGAUGCAUGCCUUAAGCUGUUCGGUAUGACCAGCGCUGAGUGGUUUGAUGCCUCGGCGCGCUCAUCCGCAUUUAGGCGCGUUCUCUCUGAGCAAGAUCAUAAUUACUCGCAAGGACGUUUACAAACUCUUUUCACCGGGGCGAUGUCCAUAGACUAUUCCUUCCAAGUCAAGCAAGAUUUGAAGACUGUCUGGGUUGAAGGUAUUGCUUUUGCAGAGCGCGAUGAGACUGGGAACCUUGUCUCUGUUCAAGGCUGGGUGUCAGACGUAUCGCAUCGCAAAUUCGCUGAGUCAAUCAAGGAUGAGCGAUUGCAGGAAGCUCUGGCGAACAAAGAAGCAGCCGACAGAUUUGUUGACAUGGUGUCGCAUGAGGUCCGCAACCCACUGUCGAGCAUGCUGUUGCUUGUCGAGACCAUCUUGAGCGUCCUCCCAUCGGAAGCCAGUACUCUGACCACUCUAGCACCAGAGGAUGUUGCUACAAUUCUUUCGGCUGCGCAGACAAUUGCCCUUUGUAUUCACCAUCAGAAGAACAUUGUUAAUGAUGUUCUAGAGCUGUCCAAGCUGGAUUCGAACCUAAUGGAGCUCUCCUUCGAAAGUUCCAGGCCACUGGAAUUUCUUGAGAAAAACUUACAAAUGUUCAGUGCCGACCUCGUUGCAGCAAAUAUUGAAAGUAUUGUGCAGCUCCUUCCAAGCUAUCAAGAAACUCUGGUAGGUGCCGUCCUAAUGGACUCUAGCAAAAUGACCCAAGUUCUGGUGAACCUCUUGACCAACGCGAUCAAAUUUACAAGAGAUACAAAGUCCAACACUCGAAAGAUCACAAUCUCUCUGGGCGCUUCUUCAAGUAGACCCACAGGGUCUGAGCUGGGAGUACAUCUUGUGCCACUACGAGACACCUCCAAAGCCAAAGUCGACGCCCAGCUGCUUGGAACACAUGAGGCCGAUGCAUUAUUCUUGCAUUGUAGUGUUGCCGAUACCGGUUGUGGCCUCACGCCGAAGGAGAUAAGCCAUCUCUUUGAACGAUUUUCACAGGCAUCGCCUAAAACGCAUAAACAAUACGGAGGUUCUGGCUUGGGUCUGUUCAUUGCAAGGGAGCUAAUUGAGUUGCACUCUGGUCAGAUUGGCGUCAAAGGUGAACCGGACGUUGGAAGCACUUUCACAUUCUACAUCAAAGUAUAUCGCGAGCCAGCCACGACAGCUAAGAGCGAAAUUGUUCAGCCGGAAGCAAACGAAAGAGGCACGACCAGGAGAAAGUCCUCAACACAACCGUCUGGACGGAAAGCCACCUUCUCUAUCAAAAAUCUCCACAUUCACUUAGUCGAGGACAACCUAAUCACUUUGAAGGUGAUGAAACUCCAGCUCUUGAAGGCAGGCUGCAAAUUCCUCACAACAAGCGAAAAUGGACAGCAAGCGCUCGACGACCUGGCAACAUCAGAACUUGAUGCGAGGAGAGACUCGGAGCCAGUUUCGAUUAUCUUGCUAGAUUGCGAAAUGCCCAUCAUGGAUGGCCUGACUUGUGCACGGCGGAUACGAGAGCUGGAACGUAUUGGAGAUCUUACACGUCACAUUCCAAUCAUCGCUAUCACCGCCAACGCACGCCCACAACAAAUUAACAAUGCUAUUGAUGCCGGGAUGGACGAGGUUGUGACCAAGCCAUUUGAUAUGGUCGAUCUGGUUGACCGUGUUGAAGCAUUGAUUCGAAAAUGGCCCUCGCGUUCAGAUGAUAGAGGCGUAGCCACACCAGCUGGCUGA